AUGGAGAAGAAAAGAGAGAUAGGAAGGAAGCAAGCUCCUGGACAGUGCCCAUGCUGCGGAGGAAAAGUUGAGGCUCUGGAUGUGGAGAGCAGGUGGACAUUUUGCUUUCUCCCCAUUUGCUUCCUCAUCAAGAGGAAGUACUUUUGUUCUCUCUGCGCCAAGCGACUUGUGCUCUUGUAUCACAAAUGA